UUCGGUUGAUUGAGGACCCGCCGUGCAAUAUUGUCACAAACCAGUUUCGUUGGUACCGACGGUACUAUAAAACGUUGGGCGUACGCUGGUUGUAGCAUCAGUUGGUCAACAGUUCUCAACCAGAUCUAAAACCGCUAAUUACCACAAAAUGGCAGCCAAGCUUAUCGUCCUCUGCGCCACCCUUGCCUACGCCAGCGCCGGCAACCUCUUGGCCCCAGCGGCAGUGAGCUACUCAGCAGCCCCUGCACUGGCCUACAACGCCCCACUCGCCUACUCCACCCCAGCGAUCACCUCCCAAUCCUCAAACAUCUACAGGACCGCAGGAAACUUGGGACAGAUCUCCACCUACUCCAAGACCAUCGACACCCCAUACUCCAGCGUCAGCAAAUCUGACGUCAGGGUCUCCAACCCCGGACUAAGAUUCGCUGCUGCCCCAGCUCUCGCUUACUCCGCUCCCAUCGCACAUGCCGCUUAUGCCGCCCCAGUCGCUCAUGCCGCUUAUGCCGCCCCAGUAGCUCAUGCCGCUUAUGCCGCCCCAGUAGCUCAUGCCGCUUAUGCCGCCCCAGCUGCUUAUGCCGCCCCUGCAGCUUAUGCCGCCCAUGCUUCUCCUCUGUUGGGAGUAGCUUACUCUGCUGCCCCAGCUGUCGCCCAUGUCACCUACGACUCCGGAGUGUCCCACUACGCUUGGUAAUCGUUCAUUAUUGUUAAUGUUGUUUCUCUAUGAUUAUUUAUUUAUUUAUUUGAAUAAAUGUUUGUGAUAUAAAA